GUUGACCUAUGUCGUAUACAUACUCAAUAUGAAUCAAAAAAAAUUGGUCUCGAGUGCGCUAUCAUAACUUUUACGGUAUUUACUUGCUGCGAGGUACAUUGCCCUAGUACCCCUUGAGCUUACAUAAGUAAGCCUUUACCGUAUGCCACUUUCCAGCGCUUUCAACGGACAAGUUUGACCAACGACCCAGCAAUUGCUCUCCUCCUCCGAGAUCCCCCCAUACUCAUACUCAUACUCGUCGUCUUUGGCAUUCCUUAUUAUAAGUAACAAAAAGAUUGAAACCGUUGGAGAGCGCUGUUAAUGCCCUCCUACUCUAUGUCAGAGGACACUAGGUCGUCGAGCGCACCUAGACCUCGUCGUGUCCUCGUUCUAUCAAAUCCAGAUCCAGGAGAUUCUAGCAGUAGUGAGGAUGAACGCCCUCCUUACCCUCACCAUCACCCCCACACUUCUGACACACAUCCUACAUCAAUAAAUACAACUUCAGCACCUCGUCCCCCAAGGCCCCGUCCCGCUCUCCCCUUGACAUUUGAUUAUCCCCCCUCCCGUUCAAAUCCGAACUUAUCUUCUUCCUCUCCUUCGAGUCAGAGUUCCAAUGCAGUCGAAUCUACUCCUCCACCAAGCACUCCUGGUCAAACUGCCCCCUCAGAUUUGAAUGCUUCAGUUAUUACCAUUGAUGAUGGUACAACGCCCGGUGAACGUACCGAGACCGCUCAACCCCCUACUCGUCUCCAGAAGAUCGCCGAUGUCUUACACUUGCGCAAUCGCAGACCUUCACAUCGACAUCUAGGCUCUGAACCUUCUCUCCAUUCUCCAUCCCCUUCUUGUUCAUCGCCGACUGUCCCACCCUCGGUGCCGUGGGUUAUCAUGGUAACCUAUGAUUGUCAUGCUUAUACAGCUGUCGACAUCACAAAUGCGAACAGCGCAGCAUUCAUCUGGGAGCGCAUUUUUGCUGAACUCAAAGUACCGCACGAAGAUCAGUGUGGACAGCUCUCCAUCUAUCGCACCCAGGUCGGCAAAGUCGCAAUCGGUGAACCACUUUCACACGAUCGCCUAAUUCGGCUGGUCCGUGAGCAAGGUGACUGUGAGGGGAGCUUAAAGUUCUUGGUUUGUCCUUCUCAAGCAAGGGUUCAGGAGCCUCCGCUCCUAAGUUCGCCAGUCAAGUCCGUGCCACCGCCCCCCGUCGUGCCAGUAUUCAGCCCCUUAGUCCCAAGACCGCGGGCAGCCAAGUCUUCUCAGCAGGAGAGUGUGUCUUCUGAAGAUCUAACCCCGGAUGCUGGCUACGAGCCGUCCGUGAUAUCUGAUGAUAUCGAUGAUGACAACAGGAGUACGAUGAGGCCACCUCCUCACCCUAAUUCGUCCACCACCAUGUUAUCGUCACCACCACCGAGUGCACGAUACGAAGACCGUCAACCUUCCCCCGCAUCCGCAAAAACACCGUAUUCGGCAGGCGUUGAUCGCCAUCGUUACGAUCCGUCUCAGGGACAGAGUCUUUCAUCUUCUUAUUCUACACCCAUUCAUGAGGAUUUCCUCAGUAAACGCCAGUUGCGGAGAGGCUCAGAUGCAGGGACAAUAGAACAAGCAUUUCGCGAUGCUGAACGUGCAGCGGAUCUAGCUGACGGGGAAUGGGUAAAACCUCAGGAUAAGGGCAUCAAUCGGGCCAAAGUUGUGAAACAGCGACCCGAAAGAUUGACAACUUCCGACGACCAUGCGGACAGGCAGCCAGAUUCUCGAGUCGCAGUCGCCCGCGACAACGAGUCGGGAUCUGUGGUGAGGAAGCCUUCUCCACCUUCGGGAAUGGCGCGUUCGCCAUCGACUAAGAGGAAAACGCCACGCCUUGAAUAUCCUCCUCGCCCACCUCAGAACAAGCAGAAGGGGGGAGGAGGCAAACCCGUUCCAUCACACUAUAUAUCCGCCCACAAGCCAGCCGAUUCCACGACUCCCCUUAGGUCACUCAAUAAGUCGAAAAGCUCAGAGGUUCUCAACAAGAUGAAGCCUCCUCUGCCGCCCGUGCUUCGCCAUUCACCGAGCCGGCCCCAUGUUGCUAAUCCGUCCGGUUCGGGUACCAACUCCUAUCCAAGACCCCUAGAUUUGGGACCGAGACCAGAGUUGGGACCGAGACCCAGACCACUUCCUGUCAGUAGGCCCGAUAAUGUAAAUGUGGAUACCACCACAUAUACUCGCGCUCAGCAAUCAUUAAAUGGAACUCUUGGUUACCUGUCACCCACUCAGGAACCACCCACGCGUCCUCAUUCUGCCUCGCCCUCCCAACAGCGCUACCCUACCAAUGACGUAUAUCGUGACCGUGAAGAAUUCAGGCCCACUCACCAAACUCAGUCCAGCAGUGGCUCUUCAAGGUUUGGCGACUCCCUUCCCUUGAGAGAGGAUAACUAUGCGAUCACCCUUCCAUCGUCCCUAAGACCUGGUCCUUAUGUCUCUCCAGCUCGCACCAAUCCGGAAACUCCUCCCCGUAGCCCCGUGACUUCUCGGCCGAGUACGUCGAAUACUGCGUCUGGACUUACCUUUACUUCCACUGGGACGAUGGUGCCUUUCACUUUCAAGGAUGACUCUAGUGCUAGCAGCCAGGAGAGCACAGCCACGGAGUCUACUUUACGUCCAGAGGAAAGGGACAAGCUGGUCUGGGAUAUCAGAUCCUCCUUCAGAAUGUCGGAUUCCUCGGAUGAUGGGGUUGGCACUAAUGAAACUUACGGGACCGCGUCUUCUGAUCUGUGGUCGCGCAAACCCACGUCAGAGGACACUGACACCUCUAGGACCCCCAUACCUGGUACCAACCAGAAUCCUAGUCCUCCACGUCCCGCUCUUCAUGUCACAACUCCAAGCUCUGGCCCCGGUGGUAUGAUGCCCGGUAUCCCGCCCAAUUUCCCAGCACCGCCCAGUUUCAUGCCUCAGCUACGCCUUCCUCGACCACGUACGCCGAAGACUAGGCACAAGAGUAGCACAUUUGAGGAGUACACCUGGGCACAUCGUCCGCCUCCGGAGGAUGUCUACGAUCGGCUCGAAGAGUUCUUCCCGGAGCAUGAUCUCGACAAACCCGUCAUUGAUGCUAAUUCUGGCGGAACAUCGCCUACUGCCAUAGAACAGGCUUACGGGAUUCCAAACAUCGUUGAUAGAGACAAGGCGCUGGUGCGGCCGAAGAAGUCCAUCCGUAUCGUUGCCGAAGAACACAAAAAGCGGAUCGAUCGCGUUUCCAGGGGCGAUCCAUCAGCCGACACGAGCAUCUGGCGAAAGAGGAGCACGAAGUUAUGGGGCAGUCGUAUCGAGGAAGUCGAUACUUCCUCGCAAACGAAGGCGAACUACAACAAGACACUCCCUGAAUCCCCGGCGGGUGGUCCCAGACCAAUAUUCAAAUGGGUCCGUGGUGAACUCAUCGGCAAAGGAACGUAUGGUCGCGUAUAUCUUGCCCUCAAUGCCACCACGGGCGAAAUGAUCGCUGUCAAGCAAGUUGAAAUCCCCAUAACCGCCAGUGACAGGAAAGACAAUCGUCAAAUGAGUUUCGUGCAGGCACUCAAAAUGGAGAGCGAGACAUUGAAAGAUCUCGACCAUCCUCACAUCGUGCAGUACCUUGGAUUCGAGGAGACACCGACGUUCUUGAGCAUCUUCUUGGAAUACGUACCCGGAGGCUCCGUUGGAAGUUGUCUGCGAGACCAUGGCAAAUUCGACGAGGAAGUUACGAAAUCAUUCACUGGACAGAUUCUCGAGGGCUUGGAAUAUCUUCAUUCCAAGAAUAUCAUACACCGAGAUUUGAAGGCAGACAACAUCUUGGUGGAGAAAACAGGGAUUUGCAAGAUCUCUGACUUCGGGAUUUCGAAACGCACAGACGAUCUCAAUGGAAUGGCUUCUACGGCGAUGCAGGGCACGGUUUUCUGGAUGGCACCGGAGGUCAUACAACCCCAGAGGGGGGGCUAUAACUCCAAAAUCGACAUUUGGAGCGUGGGGUGCGUUGUCCUUGAGAUGUGGGCAGGGAAGCGACCAUGGAGCGAUGAUGAAGCCAUAACGGUCAUGUUCAAGGUAUAUCAGAAUAAGCAGCCCCCGCCCAUACCUUCCGAUGUGGUGCUAUCCGAUCUUGCAACGGACUUCAAGGACAGAUGUUUCGCAAUUGAUCCGGAGGAACGCGCGAGCGCUGCGGAUCUUCAGCUACAUCCAUACCUGGAGCUUCCAGAGGGCUGGGUAUUCAACGAUUUUAAGUAGGACCUCAAUCGGACAUAUUUUUCAACAUCAUUCCCUAUAUCACCCAUUUCUUAUCGCAUUUACUCUCAUUUGUUCCAAUCGCGCAUCUUUCUCUGUUGUUUCGCAUGCUGUUUCAUAAUGACCAUUAUAAUUUUUUUGUACUUGUGGAAGGGUAUGCUCAUAAUGGCUUCACCAAUCCAAGUUGACUUGGGAACGAUGUGACGUGGCUGGAGUUUGGUGUCCUAAUGUUCCUUUGCGAAGUUCACAGACCCGAGUCUGGUCAUGGCCAUGGCAUGAGACAAAAUUGUGACGUCACUGGAGUUUGGAUCCCUUCAUAAAUGAAAGUCACUCCAAUCGCAGCAGGCAAUGCAAGCGCAAGCUACCACUCAUAUACCAGACACAGAUGUCGCUCAGGCUGCCAUACGAAUACAACGUGCGUGGCGUAGAAGUC